AUGGAGCCCUUCGUCUAUAGCCCUCUCCCUCACAGGAUCAUCUUUGGACGAGGUUCAACCCGUCAACUUCCACAAUGCCUUCAACAACUUGGCUUCCGUCGGCCUCUCGUCCUAUCGACUCCUUACCAGGUUGACCAAGCAAAACAAAUCACUGACAUUCUCGAGUCGCACGUGGAUGCCAUUUGGAUUUUCUCCGAGGCCACCAUGCACACUCCCUUGGAUGUUACCGAGAAGGCCCUCGAGUUUUGCCAGCAGAACGAGCCCGACGUUUUGGUGUCUAUUGGGGGCGGCAGUACCACUGGACUCGGCAAGGCGAUCAGCUUCCGCAAAGGGAUAUACCAUAUCUCCAUUCCUACAACAUACGCCGGUAGUGAGGUGACACCAAUCCUCGGGGAAACCGUCAAUGGCAUCAAAACAACCAAGACUCACCUUGAAAUCCUGCCCAAAACUGUCAUAUACGACGUCGACUUGACCCUCACGCUCCCACUUCCCAUGUCGCUUACCAGCAUCAUUAACGCUAUCGCGCACGGUGUCGAAGCGCUCUAUGCCCCCAACACUAACCCUAUCAUCAGUCUCAUGGCGGCCGAAGGUGUGAGGUCUCUCGCGAAUGGAGCAUAUGAGUUGCUCGACGAUCCCAACUCCAUCAUAGCUCGAUCGGUUUGCCAGUAUGGGGCUUGGCUCUGCGGAACUUGCUUAGGCAGCGUUGGAAUGUCUCUCCAUCACAAGCUUUGCCACACAUUAGGUGGCUCUUUCAACCUGCCCCAUGCCGAGACACACACAAUUGUUCUUCCACACGCCUUGGCGUACAAUGCUCCCAAAGUCCCGCAGGCUAUCAAGGUCCUGGCUGGAGUGCUUCCAGAUAGCCAGGGGGAUGCUCUACACGGCCUCAAUACGUUGCUCAACAAGUUGGCUGUUCCACGAAGCUUGAAGGCCAUUGGAUUCAAGGAGGAAGAUAUUGAUAAGGCAGCUGAUAUAGCCGUCAGCAAGUCUUAUGCUAAUCCAAGAGAGAUUGACAGAGAUCUCAUCCGGGAAGUCAUCAGGAGGGCGUGGGCUGGUGAGGAGGCAAGGGCAGAUUUGUAA